ACACACACACACACACACACACACACACACACACACACACACACACACACACACACACACACACGCUAUUGGGAUUGCGCAUUAAUCAGCACUUCUAUGCACGUCACUCGCCAUAACAGAUCUCUAAGGAUAUGAUCAAUGUUCUGCCUGCUUUCAUUUUGCCAUAUCCAAACGUUUGUCGUCUCUCCAUUAAUGCAAACAAAUCAUUGUAUGCAACUAAAACCUUUUUUAAAAUAUAAUAAUAAUAAUAAAUGUACUAAUUCAUUUAAAUAAAUACAUUGAUCAUUUAAAAAUAAAUAGGAAUACAUAAAUAAAAUAAAUAUACAAUUUACUGUGUAUCAAAAUCAAUCAAAAAAGUUGCACCAUAAAUUUGAAGUUUAUUUCUCAUGUUCAGAAUACUUUUAAAUCAACUCUUGGUGAAUGUGUAGAUUACAUGCAUGGGUAAUAGUUUCUGGUUGCGGGACUCUGUCAGUGGAUCCUCAUUGGCGGCAGCACUGUCAUGUGACGUCCCAUAGCAACCAUGAUAGCAACCGCUGAGUGUCACAGUUCCGCUCUGAGUGCAGACCGACUCCUCUGAAAUAAAACAGCGGCUCUUUAGAACACUUCUGCCGGCUUAAUUUUACUCAACGCCGCCCUUACAGUGAAGGGAACGGCCUCUUUUAUCUAAAUUACAAUUGUGGGAGGGUUUUUAAAAGAAGGCGAGCUGAAAAACCAUGAGUCACCUCAACCCAGGACUUAUUUCGGCAUACAACAGUCUCACAGAUAGACAUCUGGCGGGAUACUUCAGCAACACUCGGAUCAGGAGACACCUGCAGAGAGCAGGACUGAUCACACGGAGUGGGCGCAUUGUCCCAGACAAGGAGUACAGACACAAGCUGAUCCAGAGAGCGCACCAGAGACACAUCCGAGAAUGCCUGGCCCAGGCCAUCUUCCACAAGGUGCUGGAGAUGGAGCGUGUCCAUCAAAUAGAGAUCAAAAGGAAACUGGAGGAGUUUGCAAGGAGGGAAAGGGUGCAUAAGAUCAAAGUGGAUCGCUCUAAAAGGUAUGAAGAAGACAUAAUCCGUAUCCUGUCUCCACGCCCUCCCACCGGUGCCCGAGGCAUCCGGAAACAGCACUCUGGUCCAGAGGGGGAGCACUCUGAAUCCUCUGAUUCUCCGGGCUCGUCUCGACCCAACACGGCUCCGGGCAAGUUGCAGCGGCCGGUGCGUCUGAAGCCGAUCCACAGCAACAGCACCACAGCCUCGCUCAGACGCAGCUCCCCUUACAGGCUGCUGGAGUCGUCCAAUGAGAACGAACAGACGCUCAACAGCACUAUGGAGAAGGAGUCCCGGAGACAUCGGACCACAUCCGAGGCCCCCCGUGGCAUCUCACCCUACUGCCUCCCUGUCAUCAACAACUUCGUCACCCCGGUGCCUCCCGCCACCAAGAGGAAAGAGAGGGGGGUGAAGGUCUCUGCCAGCGGCACGCUCAGAGGCCGCAGACUGCGUCCCACCACCUCCUCCAGCGGGGCUGACAUCAACGAGGACCCCCCCGUGCUGAGGAGCUCUGUGCUCCAGAGCAGAGUGUGUGUGAACAUGAUGUACUUUGGCAAAACGGUGCAUCUCUCUCAUGACCUGACCGACAUGAGGGACGAGGUCAAGGUGUUUCAGCAGCACUGUGGAGGAGAGAACCUGUGUGUGUACAAGGGCAAGCUACAAGAGGGAGAGACUUUCCAGUUAAUUUCAAGGCGGCACAGAGGUUUCCCCUUCAGCUUGACCUUCUUCCUGAACGGGCUGCAGGUGGAGCGGCUGAGCUCCUGCUGCGAGUUCAAACACAGGAAGGGCUCCAGACUCGGUGGCAGGCACGGACAUUUUGGCUUCUGCGGCGUGGAGGGGGCCUCUCCCUGCUACAAGUGCAUCAUAGCAAUGGGACUGGACAAAAAGCCCACUCCUCCACCAAAGAGAGUCAACGAUGAUGGAGUAAGAGAGGAGUCAGGGUCCAGUCCAAAGGAGACUCCUGUAAUGGAGACAGAGAGGACUGCAGACAAUGAUGCAUCCCAGACAGAGUGUGAAACCAGCCGACCUCAGGACAUGGAGACUGAGGUCAAAGAGGAAACAGCAGCGGAUGGCAAAGUCAGAGACGAUUAUGAGGAAGACUUUGAAGCAGACGACGAGGGCCCUGUAGAAGAUGCUGAAGUAAAAGUGAAGAAAUCCCCCUCUCCAUCUCAAGAAACUGAACCUCAGACUAAAGAGGGAGACGCCUCUGAGACUGAGGACGACGAGAAGGAAGAGGAUAUAAAGUCUGCUUCAGGCUCCAGCUCCUCGGACAGUGAGCGGGAGGAGAGUGAUGCUGAGGUCACCAAAGAGGACGAAAAAGCAGAGCAACCUAAAGAGGUGGACCAGGAGGAAACUGCUGUUCCACCAGAAGAGGAACAAGAAGAGCCACAUCCAGAAGAAGCCACAGAGGCCAAGCCUGCUGCGCCUAAAGACUCAGACAUACAGGACAGUGCGGGGGACAGCACUGAGAUAGAGGUGUGUGAAACCAGUGUCCCCUCGGAAGAGAAUAAACAAAGUGAAGAAAUCUCAGCAGAAAGAAACGUGGAGGAAACGGUAGAUGAGAGUAAACCAGAGCAGGAGCAGGAGAGGGCUAAAUCUGUGCAGGAGAAGUUGGCAGAAGCCAUCCUGAAGGAGUCCCACUGCAGCUCCGAGCCAGAACUGAGCGACACCAGCACCGAGGAGGAGGAGGAGGAGUCCUCAAUAAACGGCCCUGAACAGGACAGCAAGGAUGAAGGGAAAUCUUUGACAUUUACAGAAGAGAAACAGGCCGUUGUAGAGGAGAAGAAAUGUGAGGAAGAGGUUGUUGUUGAAGCGGUAGAAGUAGAGGAGACAUCUGAACCAAAAGAACAAGAAGUGGAAACUGAACAGGAACCCCACGACAACAAAGAUGUUCCUAAAGAUGUCAAAACCGAAGAGGAAGAUGAAAAGUCUGCCUCGGAAGAGGACAUAAACACAGAGAAUGAUAAAUCAGAGGAGGCAGAAGUUGCAGGUCUGGAUCCUGUUUCUGAAGAGGAAACGGCUGAGGAAGACAAGACUUCAGAACCUCAAGAAGAUGCAUCAGCUGAAUCAACUAAUGAGGAGGCUCUGGAGAAACACAGGAAAACGAGGAGGAAAAUGAAAUGGAGGUUGAUGCAGCCCGAUGAGACAGGACACGGGGCAAAAAGCAGCGAAGAGGAUGAGUCAUCGGUAUCAGAGCCAAAUAAAAACCCUGAUGAGACGGCAGCGCCUGGUGAUGCAGAGGCGGAGGCGGUGACAGCGAGCGAGACAAAGGAGAUGAAAGCAGAGCCCUCAGAGGAGCGAGAGGCCCUCGGCUGUGAAGAGGCACCUGUAACCCACACAGAGACGAGGCAGCAGGGAGACAGCGAGGACGCAGGGACUGAAGUCACAGCGGAGAACUCAAGCAGCUCCAUGGAGGGGAGCGGAGACACCACAGUGGAAAAAACAGCAAAUAUAAGAGAGGACGAUGUGAAAGAUGAAAGCUGUAAAGAUUAUAUUAAAGAGGAAGAAGUGUCGGCAGGAGAUGAGAAUAAGGAUGGCUUUGAACAAGAAGGAGGUGAUCAAGAAGGAGAGAAGAUAGAAAAAGUGGUGGAAAUAGAUGAUAAAGUAGAAGAGGAAGAAAAGCAAACACAUCUAGAUGAGAUAACAGAAGAGGAAAAUAAGGAGGAAAGUGAAAAGAAUGAUACAGAUAAGAAAGCAGAAGAGGAGAAUGAUGAGAGUAAGAUGGAAGGAAGGAUAGAAAGCAUGGAAAUUAUUUCAGAGCAGACUGAAGUUGACUCAAAGGCAAAUGAAGAACAGGCUGAGAAAUCCCACAGUGAAGAAGAUGAAGUUGCAAACAAAGAGAGAGCAGAUGAACUAGAAAAGACAGAGAAAGACAAAGACAGUGAGAGUGUGAAGAAUAAAAAGGAUGAGGAAGAAUCAGAGGAAAAGGGAGCUGAAACUAAUGAGAGUGAAAAGAUAAACACAGCUGCUGAUGAGGAAAAGGAUGAUGGAGCAGAAAAGGAAGAGAAAAAUGAGAAUGAGGACAAAUCAGAAAUGGAUAAAGAUGAGGAAGAAUCUGAAGAGAAAAAAGAUGAAACUGAUAAGACUCCAGACAGAGAAGAACUUCCAGAGACUGCAGAAGAAGAGAAAAUGUCUGAGAUCAUGGAGGAAUCUGAGAAAAGUGCAGGUGCAGACUUGGAUAAAGAUAAUGCAAAGGUAUCAGGUGAUAAUAUUGUUGAGUCAGAGAAUGUUGAAGGGAGUGAGGCAGAACACGUGGCACAGGGGACUGAAACGGCUGAAGAGACGCCAGAGAAGGCAACGGAGGCUGAGGAGGUUAAAAAAGAAACUGAAGAAGGAACUGACAGCAGGGAAAAGGGAGAAGUUGAUGUUGAAAAUGGGGAGAUUUCUACGAGAGAUGAGAAGAAAACUCAGGAGGAUGAAGGAGAGGUUCAAACUGAGGGCGGAAAUGACGUGAAAACGGCAGAAAAUACGGAAGAGGAGACAAAAACAGAGGAGCCCACAGAGGGAGAGAGCACGGAGGUAAAGGAAGUAACUGCAAAGUCUGAAGAUCACGCUGAAAAACCUGAAGUCGACGAGGCUCCUGACACGGAAGUGCCACAAACUCAGAGUAAGGCAGCAGAAAAGCAAGAGGAAUUCACCAAAAACGACUCAGAACUGGAGACAUCUGCUACGGAAAUAAAAGAGGACUCUAAAUCAGACGAGAGAAAGGACAGUGAGGAAUCAAAACAAGAUGAAAAUGGAAACAUAUCUGAGCCUGACAGUGAAAACAGAGAUUCAGAUUUGAUGAAGAAGAGCGAUAAGAGUCAUGUCAGUGAGGUGGGGGUUGCUUCUUCAGGUGACCAGGCACAAUCUCCAACACCUAAAGCUGUGGAUUUAGAUACAGCUCAGACGUUAGAUGAGUCCACUGCAAGCCCUAACAAACACACUGAAGAGAACCCUGCUGAUCACUCUGCAACUGACGGAGAAAAUGAAGCGGACACGGAGGAGGCGAGCAAGGCCUCGGAGGAAGGAGCGAGUGUGCUGCUCCAACCUCAAACACAGGCGCCGACACAAAACAAAGACAACACAGAGGAGAGCGUGGCAGGAGUUAAAGAAACUCCAGAGGUACUAACGAGAGAAAACAACACAGAAAUGGUCACAAACUGGGUAACCAAGCAUCAAACAUCCAAGUUUUUUGAGACGUUUGUUGAACCUUUAGAAUACUUGAAGGAAUCGACAGACGGUCAACUCAACGCUAAUGAAGAAGAAACAAAAUCUACAGAGAAGAUAGGAUCAGAGAGUCCACUUAUGCUGGCAGAGAUAUCUCAAAGUGCAGAAGAAGAGCAAAUGCCAAAAGAUGUAAACGAGGAAAGGGAUCAAAUUAAAGAGGAACCUCAAUCUUCCGCUCACUCUGUUGGAGAACAGCGUGAGACAGACUCUCAGCAGCUGGAGGAGACUGAAGUAAAGGACUGGAUACCUGCAAAAGCAGAGAGUGAUAAGGAGUCUGUGAAAGAGCAAGAUAUGAGGUCAGAGGAACAAAAGGGAAGAAGGCCAUCUCUUGAUAAAGUGCAUGAGGGUUUAACGCAGGAUCACACUGAGCAUGAUGUGUCUAAGACUGAAGUGGAAAGCAUAUCAGGUACUCAGCAUUCAAUAACCAGCGGCAGACCUGAGAGUGAGGAGAAGACUAGUCCAGACUCAAAUGAAAAACAAAUUGAAGAGGAAAAAUAUCUACUACCUUCAUCCAAAAUAGAAGAGCAACCUCGGCGUUCAACAGGUCCAGAAGAGCUCUCCGCAUCUAAAGCCAAUGAACCAAAAGAGACAGAAGAAACUCCGGAAACAAGUGGACAAAGUCGAGAAGUUACAGAAAUAACCCAUUUCACAACGUCCAAGUCUGACGAUGGAAGUCAGGAGGAGUUCCGACAGAAAGACAUUGACCCCAAACCGCCAGGCGGCAGCAUCAACGGAGACCGACGAGACGCGCCGAUGAUCGAGGACAUCAAACACACGCUGAGUAAAGACAGACUCAGCACUUUCUCAGUGGACGAAACCAUGUUCAGUAGAAGCUCAUAUCCUCUGCUGACCGCUGCGAGGACAGAGAGCGGACAUUAGAGCGUCACCAAGGUGAAGUGAGGCUUUACUCGUUUGAUCUUAGUUUAAAGGAGGACUUCGACAAUCAGAUUAGCUUUAUUUAGCUGGUUUUGGAGUAUACAUUUAAAAAAGAACGACUGUCCACUUUACUUAAACUGGAAGUCAGGUAUUGGAUGGCAGUCUGAAAAACACUACAUGUAUAUCAUUUUUAUACCCUUUAGACUUGUUUAUUAUAAAAUGGUUAGUUAGCUAUGUAUUAAUAAAGGUUGUUUAACAAUCAGAGUGCCUUGGAAGCUUUUUAGAUUGCCAACAAAUACCAUUGACUUCCAUUAAAAGUAUUUUAUCUGUGUGUUUUUUACCCUAUCCUUGAAGAACACUUGUUUUUUAUUUCAACACCCAAGUUUCUUUACAAAGUGCAGCACUCUUUAUGUUUUCCCGCAAGAUGCUUUUGCCAGAGGCCCUCAAGUGUCUCGUGGCUUUUAUGUUUACAUUACAAAGGCUUCUUCAACAGUCUUCAUCCCUCAGUACCCAAAAAGAAGACGCUGCAUAAGGAGUUUUGACUGCUGCAUGAAAUGUUUACAAUAGAGCAGCUCUUCCUAUUGUUGCUCACAAAGAGGCGGAGUAUCAAGUGCAGCUGCUAUCACUUAUUACCCGUAAACAGAUACUCUUCCACUCAUGACUGAAUAAUUGAUCCUUGUUGAUCUCCCACAGCUUAGUUUGUCCCAGCUACGCUUUACAUUUCCACUGAUGUUACAGUACCGUAGAGGUCUGUAAUCGCACUGUGUUUUACUGCUUAAACAUGUAGAAUUGUUACAAUGAGAUCCAGACAACCGGGUCAACGGGAAUGCUAAUCUAAGCUAGCAAGAUAGCUCACCUACGAUUAAAACAGUGGUAACGUUGUGAAUGUCAAAUAUAGCGGCUCUGAGUGGUGUCAUUCGAGCUGCUAACACUACCUCUUAUUUAAAUAGAAAUAUAUUUAUUUAUAUUGCCUUUUCAUCAGAUUCCUAUG